UUACGUUAUAUAUGUAUGAUUGCGGCAAUACAUGAGAUAAUAGUGACCAAUGAGAGUGUGAUUAGGAGUGACUAAUGAAUGCAUUAUUUAUUUUUUUAAUUGAAUUUCAGAUAUAAUUGUUGUUAAAAUCAAUUGAUUUGAUUUGCAUUCAUAUAUAUAUCUCUUUUAAUCAUUUAAUUGAUUCAAUUGAAUCAAAACAGACAACAAUGUCUGGUAUUGACAAACACCGGCAAACACUCCAACAAUUGGCACAAUUGGGCGGAACUCCUAAAGAACAAACCGAUCGUUAUCGUUCAUAUUUGGAGACCAUUUUUAAGCUGCCAACUGAAGAACUGGAGGAAACGCUUAAGAUAUUUAUAGAGACAAUUGUUAACGAAAACGUAUCGCUUGUAAUCUCACGACAAUUGUUGACAGAAGUUGCGCAACACUUACCAUCAUUGACCGCAACGGUUUCGCGCAAUAUCUCUCACUUUACCUUAGAAAAAGUUCAGCCAAGAGUUGUGUCGUUUGAGGAACAGGUGUCUGCAAUCAGGCAAAACCUGGCCUUAAUAUAUGAGAAUCAGCAAAACUGGAAAGAGGCGGCACAAGUGUUGGUUGGCAUACCUCUCGAAACGGGUCAAAAACAGUAUUCAGUUGACUAUAAAUUGGAGACAUAUCUGAAGAUUGCACGCCUGUAUCUCGAGGAUGACGAUCCGAUACAGGCCGAGGCUUACAUCAAUCGGGCCUCACUAUUGCAGGCCGAGACCACUAAUGAAUCUCUUCAAGUGAUGCAUAAAGUGUGUUACGCUCGGGUUCUCGAUUACCGGCGAAAGUUCAUUGAAGCCGCUCAACGAUAUAACGAGCUUUCAUACAGAACUAUCAUUCAUGAAGACGAACGCAUGACUGCACUGAAGAACGCUCUCAUUUGUACAAUACUUGCGUCGGCCGGUCAACAACGGUCCAGAAUGUUGGCCACACUAUUCAAAGAUGAGAGAUGUCAACAAUUGCCUGUUUAUAACAUAAUGGAAAAGAUGUAUUUGGACAGAAUCAUCAAAAGGUCCGAAUUGGAUGACUUCUCGGCACUGUUACAACCGCACCAAAAGGCAACCACAUCUGUGGGAUCAACAAUUCUGGACAGAGCUGUUAUUGAACACAAUUUGUUGUCCGCUUCUAAACUCUAUAAUAACAUAACGUUUAACGAAUUGGGAGCACUUCUUGAGAUUGAUUCGACAAAAGCAGAAAAAAUUGCUUCGCAAAUGAUAACCGAGGGAAGAAUGAAUGGUUUCAUUGAUCAAAUCGCUGGUAUUGUCCACUUUGAGACCCGUAAUGUUUUGCCAACUUUUGAUAAGCAAAUUGAAAGUCUGUGCUUUCAAGUAAAUAAUAUCAUUGAAAAAAUUGGUCAAACAGUUCCCGAUUGGAUGCAAAAGACUAUCGAUCAGUCGCUUUCAUCUGUUCAGUGAUUUUCAAUUUGUUGAUAAUUAUAACGUUAUCACAAAAAAAAAUUAUCGACUGUAUUAUAAAUAAACUUAUAUUUAAUAUUAAAUAUUGUUUUG